AUGGUGAAUGAAUACAAGAAAAUUGUUUCGGUGAAAGGAUUACAGAACAUGAAUGAUUAUCAGCUUAGCAUGACUAAGUCUUUACUGGCCCAGGAUUUAAAACUGACUAGAAAAAAGCAAGAUAAAUACAACAAAAUUCAGAUUGCUGAUGUGAUGGGAAAAAAAUUCCCAGGUGCUACCUCUGUCAACAAACUAAUAGAUGUGUUGGAAGGCAUAGAAACAUUUAAAGACCUUGUAAAAGAACUUAGAAAGGAGAAGCUAAAAGAGGACAGGAGGAACACUGCACAGGGAGUCAGUACAAAAACGAUUGAGGAAGCAGGAGACAGUCUCCCUGCCUGUGUUAUUACUAUUGGCCCCCUUGCAGCCAGGAUGGUGAAUGCAGUAGAGGAAGAGACUGGAACAAAAAGGAAUAAGGCAUCUCAGGAGCAGAUUCAGUCUCUGUACCCUUUAGUAACCAACACACCCACAACCGUCGGCCUUCCUCCACCUCCCCAGGCCUGAUCAUCAACUUCAUCCUCCACUCACCUACCUGAGAACCAGAAAACGCAGGUCCAAAGUAAAGUAGCUGCCAGGAGAAGUGUUCUACAAAAGGGCCCAAUGACAGUAAUGGUACUGAAAGCAGCAGAGCCAUUUGAAUAUGAGUCACCAGAAGGGGGGAAAAACACAAUGUUUCAUGCUACAGUGGUUACUGCAAGUCAGUUUUUCCAAGUGAAGGUUUUUAACACCAACCUUAAAGAGAAAUUCACAAAGCAGAAGGUCAUUACCAUAUCAGAUUACUUUGAAUGCAGAGGAAUCCUGGAGAUAAACAAAGCAUCAUCUGUGUCUGAAGUUGGUCUUGAUCAAAAGUCUGAAGUUCCAAACAGCAUUGUCAAAAGAGCUAAAGAAACUCCCAAGAUGGAUAGUCUUUGCAAGCAAGCGUCGGGAACAUUUAUGUAUGAGUUGUUUAUGUUAUAUCAGAAAAAAGUAAAUAAGAAGAACAUAAUCUAUGAAAUACAGGAUAAUACAGGAAAGAUGGAUGUUGUGGGGAAUGGAAAAUGGCACAAUAUCAAGUGUGAGGAAGGAGACAAACUUCGACUUUUCUGCUUUCAACUGAGAACAAUUGACCAGAAACUGAAAUUCACGUGUGGAAAUCACAGCUUCAUCCAGGUCAUCAAGACUAAGAAGAUAGGAAGGACCAACCAGUUUUCAUUUAAUUCUGAAAGUUGA